AUGGUAAGAGGAAACCAGAGUCAUAUCACUGAAUUCCUGUUACUGGGACUAACAAGUGACCCAAAACUGCAAGUGUGGCUCUUUUCCAGCUUCCUCUCUAUGUAUCUGAUUAAUGUGAUUGGCAAUUCAGUCAUCAUUGCAGCCAUUCUGGGAGAUGCCCGCCUCCAUACUCCCAUGUACUUUUUCCUCUCUAACCUAUCCCUGGUGGACAUCUGCUUUACCACUGUACUUGUGCCACAAAUGUUAGUAAACAUAUUGACUCAGAGAAAGACCAUCUUCUUUGCCCAUUGUAUUACUCAAAUGUAUUUUUUUGUAACCUUUGGGAUCACUGACAGCUUCCUGCUGGCUGCCAUGGCCAUUGACCGCUAUGUGGCCAUCUGUAACCCACUGCAUUAUACCACCACCAUGAGCCCCAAGCGCUGCCUCCUCCUGGUGAUAGCAUCCUGGGUGGUGUCCCACCUCCACUCCCUCACACACACCAUUCUCAUGGCCCACCUCUCCUUCUGUGGGCCCAACAUCAUCCACCACUUCUUUUGUGAUGUCCAGCCACUGCUAACACUCUCCUGUUCUGACACCUCUGCCAAUGAGCUUUUGGCUUUCACAGAGGGCUCCUUUGUGAUCAUGAGUCCCUUUAUCUUCAUUAUUGUCUCCUAUGUCUUUAUCACCCGGGCUGUUCUGAGAGUCCCUUCUGGGGGAGGCAGAUAUAAGGUCUUCUCUACCUGUGGCUCCCACCUCACAGUUGUGACACUAUUCUAUGGGACUAUAAUAUCUGUGUACAUCCGCCCUUCAUCUACCUACUCAGUGUCAAAGGACCGUGUGGUCACUGUCAUCUACACAGUAGUUACUCCCAUGCUAAAUCCUUUUAUCUAUAGCCUCAGAAAUAAGGACAUGAAGCAAGCCUUGAAAAAGCUCGUGAGGAAAGCAGAAUAG